GCAGGGUUAAUGAGUAACUACAAGUGUUCUAGUUUUGCAAUACAGGGCACAUUAUAAAGAUGGAAAGGUUUUGCUUUCUGAAAGAUGCAAGUGGCUUCUUGGUCGUGUGCUAUUACUUUCCUCCCAAAAUGUCACCAUCCCUCUAUCUGGUUUUCUUGUUACUUGGGCUUCAUGUGACAAUCCAUUGUACAUCACCUAACAGCUCUGAAGGCAAAGUAACCACCUGCCAUUCCCCCCAACAAAAUGUCACUCUCUAUAAGAUGUCAUCCAACAAUGCCGACUUUGCAUUCAACCUGUACCGGAGAUUCACUGUGGAGACCCCAAAUCAGAAUAUCUUCUUUUCCCCUGUGAGCAUUUCUGCUGCUUUGGCCAUGCUCUCCCUUGGGGCCUGCUCCAGCACCCAAACUCAGAUCCUGGAAAGCUUGGGGUUCAAUCUCACAGUCACCCCAAUAGCAGAGAUCCAGCAGGGCUUCCAGCACCUCAUCUGUUCACUGAAUUUUCCAAAGAAGGAGCUGGAAUUGCAUAUGGGAAAUGCCCUCUUCAUUGGGAAGCAGCUGAAACCACUGGCAAAAUUCUUGGAUGAUGUCAAGAGCCUUUAUGAGACUGAAGUCUUAUCUACCGACUUCUCCGAUGUUUCUGCAGCCAAGCAGGAGAUCAAUAGUCAUGUGGAGAAACAAACCAAAGGGAAAGUUGUGAGCCUCAUCCGAAACCUCAAACCAAACACCAUCAUGGUCCUGGUGAACUAUAUUUACUUUAAAGCACAGUGGGCAAAUCCUUUCGAUUCAUCCAAAACAGAAGAGGGUUCCAGCUUCUUAGUGGACAAGACAACCACAGUGCAAGUGCCCAUGAUGCACCAGAUGGAACAGUACUAUCAUCUGGUAGAUACGGAGCUUAACUGCACAGUGCUGCAAAUGGACUACAGUGAGAAAGCUCUGGCGCUCUUUGUCCUUCCGAAGGAGGGCCAGAUGGAGUGGGUGGAAGGAUCCAUGUCAUCUAAAACACUGAAGAAGUGGAACGGCUUACUUCAGAAGGGGUGGGUUGACUUAUUUGUUCCAAAAUUUUCCAUUUCUGCCACAUAUGACCUUGGAGCCAUCCUUCUGAAAAUGGGCAUCCAGGAUGCCUUUACUGACCAUGCUGAUUUUUCUGGACUUGCAGAAGGCAAUGGGCUGAAACUUUCCAAUGCUGCGCACAAGGCAGUACUGGACAUUGGUGAAAAGGGAACUGAAGGUAUAGCUGUCCAUGAAGACAGAUUCCUGGACCAGCCUGAGAUGACUGUCCUUCACCCUAUCAUCCAAUUUAAUAGAUCCUUCUUGCUGUUGAUUUUGGAGAAAACCACCAGGAGCAUUCUCUUUCUAGGGAAAGUUGUGGACCCAACAGAAGUGUAGUUUGAGAAAGAGGCUGUUGGCUAAUUGCAUGUGCUUAUUGCAAUAGGAUAUAAAUAAAUAGUAUAGUCUG